AUGGAUGAGGUAUGGGAGGAUGAGACGUCAGAAAACAGGAAAAAUGAGAGUUCAAGUAAUAAAAUAUCUUUAAAGAAUGAAAUGAAUAGAUAUUUUAAUCAAGGUUAUUUAGAAGGAUUAACAGAAGCAAAAAGAGUAUAUAGCCCACUAGGAUCGAAUGAAAACUAUGAAAAAAGUGCUUUUAUAGGAAUAAAAGCAGGUCGUUUAUUGGGAUCAUUAGAAGGACUGGAAUUUUAUUUAGAAAAAUGGGGUGAAACAGAGGAAAAUAUUGAAAAUUUUAAAAAAUGGAUCAAAAGAAUGAAAAAACAAAUAGAAAUCAACAAAAUAUUUACAAAGGAAUAUCUAGAAUCAGAUGGAUUAUUAAGAUAUGAUAAGCAUCCAGUUUUGGAGGAAAUUGAAAGGGAAAUUAUGAUUUAUUUGGAAAAUAUUAAAUGUUGUAAAUGUAUUAACAUUAAUAAAUAA